CGGGAGUGUCUGCGUUUGUGUAUUCGGCGGUUUUGGGUAGAAGAAACCAGGAUUUGAUGAUCAACUACCGGCCGCACAACAUUUCCACUGUGUUCUUGGGAACAGCGUUAUUGUAUGUGGGGUGGCUCUUUUUCAACGGGUUUAGUUGUGCCAAUGCGUCCGUCAAGGUACCGUAUUCCAUGAUGAAUACCCAUUUGACGGCUGCGUUUGGGGCCAUUUCUUGGUGUUUAUUGGAUUUUAGAUUGGAGAAGAAAUGGUCCAUGAUGGGUAUUUGCUCAGGAACCAUUUCGGGAUUGGUGGCCGCCACUCCCGCCAGUGGGAUGAUUCCGUUGUGGGCCUCGGUAAUCCUUGGGGUUGUCUCGGGAGUUGUGUGUAACUUGUCCACUCAAAUCAAGUAUGUUUUACGGGUGGACGACUCGUUGGAUGUUUUGGCAGAGCACGGAAUCGCUGGAAUAGUGGGACUUCUCUUCAACGGGAUCUUUGGUAGUAGUACUGUCAUUGGCUACGACGGCGUGACCGACCAUGCUGGAGGGUGGAUAGACCAUAACUGGAAACAGUUGUAUGUUCAAAUUGUCUACAUCUUAGCCACCGCUGCAUAUUCUGGAGGAAUGACAUUUGUGCUAUGUUUUACCAUCAACAAGAUUCCUGGCUUGCACUUGCGGGUUGACUACCACGGCGAGGAGGUGGGAAUCGAUGAGGACCAAAUCGGCGAGUUUGCCUAUGACUAUGUGGAAGUUAGAAGAGACUUUUUAUCGUGGUCCGACCCCAAUGGUUCCGGUGAACGGUCGGUGGUAGAAGAAGUAGGUCAGGAGCUGCAGCAGCAGGCGGAUAAGGAGGCCGAUGUUUACGAAGCCAAGCCCGAGUCGUCGGAGUCGGUUGACAACUCGACGAAUAACGAAUUAAAGCAAGAGUAGUAAUGACGAUGUUCAUGUAUAGCAUAUAGCAAUGGACAGUACGAAUACAAGGUCGCGCAGUGGGACACUGGGCUGGGGCAGGGCAUCUGGCGACAUCUGGCGACAUCUGGCGACAUUUUAUAUCUCUCCGCUGGUCCUAUCCCGGUUUCGCUUGACUCAUCGAAAAAUUUUCAAAUCAUAUAAAUCGCACCUUCCCCAAGUUUUACAACUUUCUUCACAACCAUGUUAUCUCGUAAUUUCAGGGCCUGCCGUCGCCUUAGACUUAGAGUCGCUGCUGCUCCUACCCUGUUCAACAGGUCCAUUACCAAAACCUCCCACACAAAUGCAACCAUGAGUGCUGCAGCCGCUGCUGCAAGACCUACUCCAGCGCCUUCUUUCAAUCAACAACCGGCCACAGACAAAAAGCCCGAACCGGUGCCCGAACUCCUCAUGGACGACUCGUUCAUCGGGCUCACCGGUGGUGAAAUCUUCCAUGAAAUGAUGUUGAGACACAAUGUUGACACUGUUUUUGGCUAUGCGGGAGGUGCCAUUCUACCAGUGUUUGACGCCAUAUACAACUCAGACAAAUUCAAGUUUGUUUUACCCAGACACGAGCAGGGUGCCGGCCACAUGGCCGAAGGGUACGCCAAGGCCAGCGGGAAGCCCGGUGUGGUGCUUGUGACAUCUGGCCCCGGUGCCACGAAUGUCAUUACUCCUAUGGCAGAUGCAUUGAUGGAUGGAGUACCGUUGGUGGUAUUCACAGGCCAGGUCGCCACCACCGCCAUCGGAACCGAUGCUUUCCAAGAGGCAGACGUGGUAGGAAUCUCCCGUUCGUGUACCAAGUGGAACGUGAUGGUAAAGAACGUGGCUGAACUCCCACGUCGGAUCAAUGAGGCGUUUGAAAUCGCCACUUCUGGACGUCCAGGACCGGUUCUUGUGGACCUUCCAAAGGACGUCACCGCCUCGGUUUUACGGGACAGCAUUCCAAUAAAUACGACUCUUCCUUCAAAUGCGUUGUCCCAGAUCACCAGAAAAUACGCCAACGAGUUCACCAAGGAGGCCAUUCGCAGGGCUGCUUCUCUUAUCAACAGAGCAAGGAAACCGGUUUUAUACGUGGGAGGUGGUGUUUUAAACCACCCAGACGGUCCAAAAUUGGUGCAAGAAUUGAGUGAUAAAGCACUUAUUCCUGUAACCACUACUCUCCAAGGUCUCGGAGCUUUCAAUCAAAACGAUCCAAAGUCUCUUGACAUGUUGGGUAUGCACGGUAAUGCUGCUGCCAACACUGCCAUGCAAAGUGCCGACUUGAUCAUUGCUUUGGGUGCUCGUUUUGAUGACAGAGUCACUCUCAAUGUGUCCAAAUUCGCACCAGCUGCCAGAAAGGCUGCUGCUGAAGGCCGUGGAGGUAUCAUUCAUUUUGAAAUCUCCCCCAAGAACAUUAACAAGGUUGUAGAAGCCACCGAAGCCAUUGAAGGAGAUGUCACUGCUAACCUUAAGAAAAUCCUUCCUCUUAUCGACUCGAUCAAAUCGCGUUCAGAAUGGAUGGGCCAAGUGGCUGAGUGGAAAGAAAAAUACCCUUACGCUUACUUGAAAGAAGAACCAGGUUCUAAGAUCAAGCCUCAAACCUUGAUAAAGGAAAUCUCCGAGCAAUCGGCCACCUACGGCCGUGAAGUCAUUGUCACCACCGGUGUGGGACAACAUCAAAUGUGGGCUGCUCAGUAUUUUACCUGGACCAAACCUCGUACCAUGAUCACCUCGGGUGGCUUGGGAACUAUGGGUUUUGGUUUGCCUGCUGCUAUUGGUGCACAAGUUGCUAAGCCAGAUGCAAUUGUUAUCGACAUUGAUGGAGAUGCCUCUUUCAACAUGACUUUAACUGAAUUAUCCUCUGCGGUGCAGGCAGGUGCUCCGAUUAAAGUGGUUGUUUUGAAUAAUGAAGAACAAGGUAUGGUCACCCAAUGGCAAUCCCUUUUCUACGAACACAGAUAUUCUCACACCCAUCAAACCAACCCAGACUUCAUGAAGUUGGCUGACUCUAUGAAUGUUAAGGGUAUCAGAAUUACUGAACAAGCCGACUUGAAGGCUGGCAUCAAAGAAUUCUUAGAAUACAAUGAUGGUCCUGUUUUGUUGGAAGUGGUUGUAGAGAAGAAGGUUCCAGUCUUGCCUAUGGUUCCUACUGGUAAGGGAUUGGAUGAAUUCAUCGUUUACGAUGAAGAAGUUGAAAGACAAGAAAAAGAAUUAAGACACCAAAGAACUGGUGGUAAGCAUUAGGGUGUAUAUUAGAAUUAGGACUUUCAAAAAUUCAAAAUAUAAGUUUAUCUCGACUUUUGGUAUCAGUUUUUCUAGUUAUGCUAUAGUUGGCUCCCAAAAGUCAUUGAUCAAAAAAAAUAGAAGCCCAAUGCGGGGAUCGAACCCGCAACCUUUUGAUUAAGAGUCAAAUGCUCUACCGAUUGAGCUAACCAGGCACUUCGUAAACGCUAAACACUCAAAAUUCUUAAAGCGAGUUUAAGAGUCUGGUCAGACUAACGUAAUUAUAUUGUCUUCUUCUUUGGCACAAGUGUGCUAUGUGUAGUAUAUUUCGUAGUGUUAUACAUUUCAUGACAAAGAAUCUUAUUAUGAACUGGCUUGAUGGUGACUUCAAAUCGGGUAAAGCAUAAGUGUUCCUAAACCUGAAACAGGUCACGAGGAAGCCGCAGGAUGCAAAAUUUUUUUCCACAUCUCGGGAGCGAUGACCUAGAGACUAAGAUAUUUAUAACGUAGUCUCCCAUUAGAUUAGCCAUUCUACCACUGUGACCCAUUGUCAGUGAUAUGAAAAUGUAAAUCGUGGCUUCAAGAUGCUUUUGACUUAAAAUAACAAGUGAAUUAAUAGUUAAUAUCUGAGAACAUAAAUAUGGGGUUUACCGCUUCAUUAAAAUAGCCAUAACACUCUCUGAUCUCUUCCGAAUUCCUUCUAAACUCUGAACAAGCAAUCCCAUGAUGGCAUGAGCUGAAUGGUAACAAAAAAAAAGAAGAAAUAGCCCAAUGCGGGGC